AGUCCCCCUUUUCCCUCGCGCGUGUGCAUCUCUGCCAUUUUUCCUGUGUUUUUACUACCCGCGUCUCCUCCUCCACCAUCAAGCCCAAAUCACACCAUGAAUCCAAGCAACCACCCAUGCAGCCUCCCAGGAUCGACACGCCCCGGCUUAACCAACCCAAGCGACUUGCUCGAUCCUAUGCUUGCAAGCCUAUCUAGCCAUUCAGGAUUUGGAGACGAUUUCCUCAAUAUCGACAUCGACAUCGCGGCGGCACUUGCUGCAAACGACGGUCGUGCAAAUGGCGUCCCUCAGUUGAAUCAAGACCUUCCAUUUGAUCCUGUUACCCAGGCCAGCACUAAUAUUGGACAUAACGAAAAUGACGCGGCCACCGGUGACGAUGACCCUGAAGCCUCGAACCCAACGGGGGACAAAGAAGAAUCCAACAAGCGACUCACCAUGCUGCCAGACGAUGUGAUGCUAGAAAUGGCAGAGAUGGAACUCGAUGCUCUACGCGAUCAAGAGGCCCUUCACGCUCAAGUAAAACGACUCCCGGCAUACUUGAAGGCAGAGGUGGAUGAACUGUAUUACGAAUUCCAACGUCAGCUCUACCUACUCGCCAUCAAGAAUCAAAUUUUCGCCUCUUUAUUCUAUACACACCUUGGCCAAACCAACCGCAUGCGAGGUCCAACCAAUUAUAAUAAUUUUUGCCGGUUCGAUCCAGAGGCCCGGGAAAUUUUCAACCAAAAGGGUGUCCCUGUCAAGCAGCGGUGCAAGGAAGUUGCCAAUAAAUGGCGCACCCUCACCCCCGAAAUCAAAAUGAAGUACAAAGAUUAUGAGUUCAUCAAAACCCUUCGAAGCGAUAUACCAAUGAAUCAACUAGCUGCCUCCCAUAGAAUUCAGGGAAUGUUGAUCGUAGCAUCGCCCUGUUCGUCCGGCGAUUUAUUCAUACAGAGUGGUACCGAACUUGGUCGAAAUUUCCUUUCCAUUCUACGGAAGGGGGGUGAUCCAAUCAAAAAAUUCCAAACCUACGUGGCAGGAAUGGCUGUUGUCGAUGAAUUAUGCGGAGGUAACCAAGUGGCAAUCGAAGGCUCUAAGGAAAUGAAUAAACGAACAGUGGACGCAAUUGAAGAGCCACAAGGCAACACAUCAGCCAAGGUGGCUCAGAAGUAUUGUAUAGGGCCGGUUCGUCAAAACAAGAAGAUCAUUGGUGUCAAAAUGAAAGAUCUCCUCAAUGCUGCAGGAGGCAAGCAGUUCAAAGCCUGGCCAGGCUCUAACGUGGUCAGCGAACUCAAUAAUGCGAGCAUCCAGCUGAAGGUCAAGCGAAAUGACGCCGACUUUCACAUCAAGGAGUUGUGCCAACCUGUAAACAAGCUCUUGAUAAUCCCGUCGCAAAGGAUCCUCCAAGCUAUUGGUGAAGGAUGGAUAUCGCUCAAAUACAAAGAGAAUGGUGCCGAUAACAGCUACACCGAUGAAGGUACACAACCUCCACAAAAGAAAGCCAGAAAACAUCGAAGUUUCCAUUCUGCUCAAGACAGAAGCUCUCAGUUGGUCUCUAGCUCCGACUCCGAGGAAGAAGAAGAAGAUAUAGCUGACCUUGGCAUUGGUGAUGAUGAUGCUGAUCCUGGUGAUGAGGUAGACGAUAGCAGUGAUAACAACAAUGGGGAUGCUGCGCUAUAUGAUUGA